CCUGGGCCCAGGGACUCUUGCACCUUUCUUCAAGCGGUAUUGGUUUCCUUGAAUGAACUGGCCGAAGCCUGAAAGAAGAAUGGCUUUGCCCCACCGUGAAGAACUUCUGAGUUUAAGUCCAGAGAAGGGACCUGCUUUGGAAAGCCACAGAGAUGGCCUGUCCCUGGAAGUUUCUGUUCAAGACCAGAUCAUACCAGUAUGAGCCGACGAAGGAACUGGACAUCAACAACAACGUGGGGAAAGCCAUCCAGGCUCUCUCCAGUCCAGUGACACAGGAUGACCCCAAGUGUCAUGGCCUCGUCAAGCACCAGGAUGAGUCCCCCCAGCCCUUCACAGGGACAGUCAAGAAGCCUCCGGAACCCUUGGUCAAGUUGGAUGCUCCCCCAUCAACCUGUCCACGGCACGUGAGGAUCAAAAACUGGGGCAGUGGGAUGACUUUCCAAGACACACUUCACCAUAAGGCCAAAGGGGAUCUUGCUUGCAAGUCCAAGUGUUGCCUGGGAGCCAUCAUGAACCCCAAAAGUUUGACCAGAGGACCUAGGGACAAGCCUACUCCCCCAGACGAGCUUCUACCUCAAGCUAUCGAAUUUGUCAACCAGUAUUACAACUCCUUUAAAGAGGCAAAAAUAGAGGAACAUCUGGCCAGGGUGGAAGCGGUAACAAAGGAGAUAGAAACAACAGGAACCUACCAGCUGACGGGAGAUGAGCUCAUCUUCGCCACCAAGCAGGCCUGGCGCAACGCCCCUCGCUGCAUUGGGAGGAUCCAGUGGUCCAACCUACAGGUCUUCGAUGCCCGGAGCUGUUCCACUGCCCAGGAAAUGUUCGAACACAUCUGUAGACACCUGCGUUAUGCCACCAACAAUGGAAACAUCAGGUCGGCCAUCACCGUGUUUCCCCAGCGGAGCGAUGGGAAGCAUGACUUCCGGGUCUGGAACUCUCAGCUUAUCCGGUAUGCUGGCUACCAGAUGCCCGACGGCACGAUCCAAGGGGAUCCUGCCUGUGUGGAGUUUACCCAGCUGUGCAUUGACCUGGGCUGGAAGCCCAAGUACGGCCGCUUCGAUGUGAUGCCACUGGUCCUGCAGGCUGAUGGCCGUGACCCUGAGCUCUUUGAAAUCCCGCCUGACCUUGUGCUCGAGGUGACCAUGGAACAUCCCAAGUACGAGUGGUUCCGGGAGCUGGAGCUGAAGUGGUAUACCCUGCCUGCAGUGUCCAACAUGUUGCUCGAGGUGGGUGGCCUCGAGUUCCCAGGGUGCCCCUUCAACGGCUGGUACAUGGGCACAGAGAUCGGGGUCCGAGACUUCUGUGACGUCCAGCGCUACAACAUCAUGGAGGAAGUGGGCAGAAGAAUGGGCCUAGAAACGCACAAGUUGGCCUCACUCUGGAAAGACCAGGCUGUCAUUGAGAUCAAUGUUGCUGUGCUCCACAGUUUCCAGAAGCAAAACGUGACCAUCAUGGACCACCACUCUGCUGCAGAGUCCUUCAUGAAGUACAUGCAGAAUGAGUAUCGGUCCCGAGGGGGCUGCCCGGCCGACUGGGUUUGGCUGGUUCCCCCAAUUUCUGGAAGCAUCACCUCCGUGUUCCACCAGGAGAUGUUAAACUAUGUUCUGUCCCCUUUCUACUACUACCAGGUGGAGGCCUGGAAAACCCACGUCUGGCAGGAUGAGAAGCGGAGACCCCAGAGAAGAGAGAUUCGAUUCCGAGUCUUGGUGAAAGCCGUGCUCUUCACCUCUAUGCUGAUGCGCAAGACCAUGGCACUCCGAGUUAGAACUACAAUCCUCUUUGCGACAGAGACGGGAAAAUCAGAAAUGCUGGCCCAGGACCUAAGGGCUUUGUUCAGCUGUGCCUUCAACCCCAAGGUGGUCUGCAUGGACGAGUACAGGCUGCGCAGCCUGGAGGAGGAGCAGCUGCUGCUGGUGGUGACCAGCACCUUUGGGAACGGAGACUCCCCUGGCAACGGAGAGAAACUGAAGAGAUCCCUGUUCAUGCUGAAAGAGCUCACCAACAAGUUCAGGUAUGCCGUGUUCGGCCUUGGUUCCAGCAUGUACCCUCAGUUCUGCGCGUUUGCCCAUGACAUUGACCAGAAGUUGUCCCACCUGGGAGCCUCUCAGCUCACCCCAACAGGGGAAGGGGACGAGCUCAGUGGGCAGGAGGAGGCCUUCCGCAGCUGGGCCAUGCAAACGUUCAAGGCAGCCUGUGACACGUUCAAUGUCCGAGGCAAACACUGCAUUCAGAUCCCCAGGCUCUACACCACCAAGGUGACCUGGGACCCGCACCAAUACAGGCUCGUGCAAGACUCACAGCCUUUGGACCUCAACAAAGCUCUCAGCAAUAUGCACGCCAAGAAUGUGUUCACCAUGAAGCUCAAAUCGCAGCAGAAUCUACGGAGUCCGAAAUCCAGCCGCACCACUCUCCUGGUGGAACUCUCUUGUGAGGGCAGCCAAGAUUUCAGCUACCUGCCCGGAGACCACCUGGGGGUUUUCCCAAGUAACCAGCCAGCCUCGGUCCAAGGCAUUUUGGAGCGGCUGGUGGACAGUCCUGCACCCCACCAACUCAUGUGCCUGGAGACCCUUAGUGAGAACGGCAGCUACUGGGUCAGGGAGAAGCGGCUGCCUCCCUGCUCACUCAGCCAGGCCCUCACCUACUUCCUGGACAUUACCACCCCCCCAACACAGCUGCUGCUCCAAAAGCUGGCUCAGCUGGCCACAGAAGAGGCUGAGAGACAGAGGCUGGAGACCUUGUGCCAGCCCUCAGAAUACAACAAGUGGAAGUUCACCAACAGCCUCACAUUCCUGGAGGUGCUAGAGGAGUUUCCCUCCCUGCGGGUGUCUGCCAGCUUCCUGCUCUCCCAGCUCCCUAUUCUGAAGCCCCGAUACUACUCCAUCAGCUCCUCCAGGGACCGCACACCCACGGAGGUCCACCUCACCGUGGCUGUGCUCACCUACCGCACCCGAGAUGGCCAGGGCCCCCUGCACCAUGGCGUCUGCAGCACAUGGCUCAGCAGCCUGAAGCCCCAGGACACAGUGCCCUGCUUUGUACGAAGUGCCAGCAACUUCCAGCUCCCUGAGGACCCCUCCCAUCCUUGCAUCCUCGUCGGGCCUGGCACAGGCAUCGCGCCCUUCCGCAGUUUCUGGCAGCAGCGGCUCCAUGACGCUGAGCACAAAGGGCUCCGGGCUGGCCGCAUGACCUUGCUAUUCGGGUGCCAGCGCCCAGACGAGGACCACCUCUAUCGAGAGGAAAUGUUGGAGAUGGUCCAGAAGGGGGUGCUGCAUGAGGUGCACACGGCCUAUUCUCGCCUGCCUGGCCAGCCCAAGGUCUAUGUUCAAGACAUCCUGCGGCAGCAGCUGGCUGAUGAGGUGCUCUGCCUGCUCCACAAGGAGCAAGGCCACCUCUAUGUCUGUGGGGAUGUGCGCAUGGCCCGGGAUGUGGCCCACACCCUGAAGCAGCUGGUGGCUGCCAAGCUGAGCCUGAGUGAGGAGCAGGUCGAGGACUAUUUCUUCCAGCUUAAGAGCCAGAAGCGCUAUCAUGAAGAUAUCUUUGGUGCUGUAUUUCCCUACGAGGGAAAAAAGGAUGGGGCAGCAGGGCAGGCCAGCGAUCCCAGAGCACCAACAGCGCCCAGGAGAAGUUGAAGCUGCUGCCGUAGAAUUUCGUGAUGACGCCAACUCUCAGUUACCGGAGGUCACAGGGUCUGCGGAGAUGGAGGGAUGUGAAAUCCCCAAACCUCACGUCUUAUUUCCCCAUCUCCUUCCUCCUCAAAGCCUUUACUUGAUCUGCUACCAAGUAGCAGCUUGGACUGAGCGGAGCCUCUUGUCUCCCUUGAGCCCACCCUUCCCCUGAUAAUGGAGGAUUGGGGCCCCCCUGGUCCCUUGGAGAGUAAAUCUGCAAUGCCUGGCCUGGCCAGUGGGUGAGAAGGAUGGACCCUUCUUCUGACUGCAUCAUUUCAAGUCACCAUCGUGAGGCGCUGUUGCUCCACCCCAUAUCUAGUCCCUCUGUGUACUGUAUUUAAAAAAAAAAAAAAAGUCUGCUGCUGAGGGCCUUUUAAGCCUUCCCUGUAUGACUCCUUGAUGGAGAUAGUUAUAUAAAAUGUAUUUUAU